AUGGACCCCAUGACAAUCAUCCUUUUCUACAAUGGAACAUGGGUAGACAAAACAACAUACAAUGAUUAUGAAGUGGCAGGUAUACUAAUCCCAAUAAAAUGUUCCUAUAAUGUUCUUGCACAGGAGAUCUAUGAAACCUUAUCAAUAGACAGAAACAAGUAUGGAAUUACAGUGAAAUUUCAAAUUAAAGAAGGGAUACCACCUAUAACCAUCAAAGAUGACAAUGGCUGCAAGUUCUACCAUCAAAUAAGGAAGAAAAAUGAUGAUGAAACAAGAUACCCUUUGAUGGUAAACACAUUUGAAUCAUCAGCAUCACCUGAAUGUCUUGCCAGCAACAAUUAUUUAGAAAUUGGAGAAACAAGUAUGCAGUGUACUGAACAGUUACCAACAAGAACAGAAUAUGCACAAUUGGUAGCAGAUUAUGCUUAUGAUCAUGCACAACAAGCACUGCAAACAAGUUCAGAGAUAAACCAUGUAAUUACAAAUCCUCAAAUUGACAGAAUACAUGUUGGCCAAGUCUUUUCAAACAAGCAAACACUGAAGAAUGCAAUCAGCCUAUACUCAAUUAGACAAAACCGGCCAUUCAAGGUGAAGAGAUCAUCAACUCUUGACUAUAAAAUCUUUUGUGUUGAUGAAAAUUAUAUCACCUCCGGAAACCAUCCUCAAGCCACAAGCAACCUAGUUGGGCAUGUGAUAAAAAACAAAUUUGUCAACCCAAAAAGAAACUACACUCCAAAUGAAAUUGUAGACGACAUUGCAGAUGACUAUAGUGUCUCGAUAUCCUACCAAAAAGCACGGAGAGCAAGAGAAAAAGCUAUGGUGGAUGCUAGACGCUGCCCACAAGAAUCGUAUGGCGAAAUACCAUCCAUAUUAUACAUGAUGCAAAUAUCCAAUCCAGGGACAAUCACGAGAUCUUGUUGCGAUGAAGAUGGUAAAUUCAAGUAUCUAUACUUCGCUAUAGGAGCUUCAAUCAAAGGUUGGCAACAUUGCACCCCAAUAAUAGUCACGGAUGGUACAUUCUUGACAAACCAAUAUGGAGGUACUCUAUUGACCGCAAAUGCACAAAAUGCAAAUCGGCAUAUAUUUCCACUUGCAUUCGCAAUAGUGGAUUCUGAAAAUGACAACUCCUGGAAUUGGUUCAUGCAAAAAAUAAAAGAAACAUAUGGAGAAAGAGAAGGACAAUGCAUAAUCUCGGAUAGGCAUGAGAGUAUAUACAAAGCAACAAAGUCAAACUUCCCACUCCUAAUGCAUGGGGUAUGUUGCUAUCACUUGCUCAAAAAUCUAAAAAUGAAAUUCAAAAAAGGAGGAGAUGAGCUCAAACAUGCAUUUGAUGGAGCUUCGAAAGCUUACACUAUAGAAGAAUUUGAGAAAUGCAUGCAAGAUUUGGACAACAUUGACUUAAGAAUAAGAGAUUUCUUGGCCAAUGAAGUUGGAUAUGAUAAAUGGACAAGGCUAUACAGCAUGAAUAAAAGAUACAAAACAAUGACAUCAAACAUAGCAGAGUCAGUGAAUGCAGCUCUCAAAUCAGUAAGAGAAUUACCAGUUGCAACCUUACUAGAAUGUCUACACUCUUUGGUACAAAGAUGGUAUUGGGAAAACAAAAAUAGAGCCUUGAAAACGGACACUACUUUGGCAAAUAUUCCAGAAAAGGCUCUCAAGAAACAAAGAGAAAUGGGCUUAAAAUACAAGAAGUUUGACUAUGACGAAAUGCCUUGCUCGCAUGCAAUGGCUGUACUAGCCAAAAGAAACUUCUCUUGCUACAAAUACUGCUCCUACUACUACACUAAAGAAGCUUUCAUGUCAACAUAUGAGGAUAGCAUACUUCCAUUAGGUGAAGCAACAUCAUGGAAUAUACCAGAGGAUGUGAAGAAUAUCACAGUACAUCCACCAAAAUAUAAAAGACCAGCUGGGAGGCCAAAGAAAGAUAGAUAUAAAGGAGCAAUGGACACAAAAACAAAAGUCAAGUGUGGGAAAUGCAACCAAAAAGGACAUAAUCGACGGUCUUGCAAAAAUGAAGCAAUUCUAAAUCCACUGAAGAGAAGAAAGUUACUUUAG